AUUCCAAUGUUGAGGCUUCUGCAGUGUCCCCUAAUUAUUUCAGUUAGCUUUAGCCGCAACUGAAGCAUCAAGUGAUUAGGAUGAAUAUCGUUUAUCUUCCACUUCCACUGGAAUUUGUUUUAUCGGAAAAAAGUAUGUUAAAGCUUCAUUGGAUGAAUCAUCUGGGCACUUGGGAAAAGCGGAAAGUGAUCGAUUUCAAGUAGAUUAAGAAGCUGAUUAAAAUAUAGUAAUUCAUAUUAGAUUCUGAGUUGUCCAGGAGAUUAAUUAAUGAGCGAGAAUUCAGUGACCGCGAUUGGCUUGAAAGAUCGUCAUGUGGAAGCUGAUAGCUUUGAUUUUUUUAUUUGCUGCCGUUAGUGAAUUUUGCGUGGCUUUAAACGAGAAUUGCGUCAACAACAGCGAUUGUGUACCUCAGGAGAAAAGCGUAUGCAAAAAUGAAAUUUGCACCUGCGACAGCUUGUGGUAUUACCUGGAUGAGCAAGGAAAAUGUGUAAAAUAUGCAACAGAAUACGGAGACAUUUGCUACGAAAGCAAGCAAUGUGCGGAUUUUCUGGGCCAUCAUGCCCAGUGCGUUAAUAACGUGUGUUCUUGCGAGUCCGGCUUCAGAUGGUACAAGGGACAAUGCGUUAAAUACGCAAAGAAGAACGAACCAUGCGAUUCCACGGAUACAAUUUGUAUGGACUUGGACAAUCCAUUGGCAUUAACUUGCGGAAACAGCAGCAUUUGCGAAUGCAGCGACGGUUUCUAUGAUAGAGCCGAUGGCUGUCGCCUAAAGGCCGUGGUUAAUGAAACUUGCGCAAUAUUUAAUGAUUGUUUUCCAAAGACGAGUCUUUUCGAGGACAAAACCAUCACUAGCCAUUGUGAGUUGGGCGUAUGUGUUGCUGAUCCGGGCCAGGUGAUUACUGAAUUGAAUAACACGAAGAACAAUGUUGAUUUGGUGCUGGAUCAACUACAGUCUGAGGAUUUUGAUAUAUUUGAUGAUGUUUGUCUUGAAGGCAAUUUGACCGCAUUCACUGAGGAACAAUGCAACAACUGCCCCAAAACGCUAUUUUUCAAAAACUCCGAAUGCAUCUGCAGACAGGGAUUUUUCCUGCACGAAGGCAAAUGUAUUGCGGAAUUGGGAAUGCCUGAUAUCACAAGAACCAACUUCAACGUAUCAGAUUGUCCGAUCAGGCCUGGAAGCUAUUCAAAUGGAGCUUGUUAUUGCCGCAGCUACUGGUUCCAGGACGGCACCAAUAGGGAAUGCACUAAAACUACUCUCCAAUAUACGGACAACUGCAUGACGAAUGAGUGGUGCAAAGCGAUGGGCAACUACGCAUACUGCGACUCAGCUACACAAAAGUGUGUGUGCAGCAGCCAGGCUGUUUUCAAUGAAACCUCGUUCUACUGCAAUUUGAAGGAGGAUGCUGAUUGGACCGGACUGUGUCUAUCCGACUCCGAAUGUGCGCUUUAUGAAACAUGCGUGGAUGAGCAUUGCCAGUGCACUGAAGGCUUCUACAGGCCAAGCGAAGAAAGCUUGUGUUUGCCCAAGAUCGGGUCUUCGUGCGAGGUGAGAAACUGCUCCCAUAUAAACCAUGCUGAAUGCUCAGAGGAUGAUGAGUGUCGCUGCGAAAGCCUGGACUAUGCAACUGAUGGAUUACGGUGUGAAAAGUACUCAACAGCUCUAUAUGAAGAGUGUGUUUUCAAAGAGCAGUGCUCUAACUUGCCGCAUGCUUCCUGUCUGCUAGACGACUCUGCGCCAGAGAACUCUACCAGUCGCUGUUUGUGCGCAGACGAUUAUGUGGAUAAAGAGCAGACGUGUUACCUGCGCAAAUAUCCUGGUUCGCUGUGCACAACUAAAAUGGACUGCACGAUUAUUCUGGGCGAUAGCUUCGAAUGCCGCAACAUGUUGUGCCAAUGUCCGAUCGGCUCGUCCCUUAAUCAGGAUGUCUGCGUAAAGUCCGCAGCAGCCAGUUCAAGUUUAAACAUCCACACCCUGGCCUUAGUGGGCCUUUUCGUUCUAUUACGGCAUUGAAACCGAACAUGGAACACUGUUAAAGAUCUGCGGUUGAAUGGCUUUAGGGCCCAAGAGAGUUAAAACUGAUUGUUAGUGCAAGUAGUAAAUUAUGAACUGUUUUCAGAUAUAAUUUAUUAAGUACAUGGCUUUAUACAGAUAA